GUCUCGUGAUGAUUAGUACAAAGCAGUUGAUCGCAUCAGAUUUCAGACAGGAAUACAAAGAGCGUCAGCACAAACUGAGAGUCUCUGCUAGGAUACAGAACUCUUGACUUUAAUAAGCUAUCUCUGUACAAGUUUUAUUUACUAUGUCGUUCAAAAUCCUUCUUGUUUCGUUGUUUUUGGUUGCCGUCGUCAACAGCAAGUCGUGCAAACUUAGUGAACAUAUCGUGAAAAAAGAACAUAAGUGGAAAAUCGAUCCUCCACAAAACAUCUAUGGAAAUCAAAGUGUAGAUGAGUCCCAUAUAAGGACAUGGAAGGAGACCAAAGAUUCCAAGACGAAACUUGAGGAAUCCAUCAACCAGCAGGUUAACAGAGAACUGUUUGCUCAGUAUACUUACAUGUCCAUGGCUGCUCACUUUUCCCGAGAUGAUAAUUAUCUGCCUGGUUUUGCCAAGUUUUUCCGAGAGUCAGCAGAGGAAGAGCAAAAGCAUGCAAUGUUGUUCAUGGAGUAUCAAAACAAGCGUGGAGGACGAGUCAAGCUCAAUGCAAUCAGGCAUCCAUGCCGUGAUCAGUGGGGUAAUGGACUCACGGCAAUGAAGGAAGCAUUGCUACUCGAGAAGACAAUCUACCAAAGUCUCCUCGACGUCCACAAAGUAGCAGACGAUGCCAAAGAUCCUCAGAUGAUGGACUUCCUCGAAUCCAAUUUCCUUGGUGAGCAAAUUGACGCCAUCAAACAGCUUGGAAACUACAUUGGUACAUUAUCAAGACUUGGCGAUGGGCUUGGGGAAUACCAGUUUGACAAAGUUACUCUUGGAGGGGGAAAAUAAUAAACCAAACAUGACGACAUUACAUGGAUAUGACACAAAAACUCAAACGCACAUUUUCACUGAUUUGGGGGAACGCUUAUUGCUUGGAAUUGUCGAAAUUUUUAAAAUCAAAAGGGAAGGGUUUUUAAGUUGGCUUGUUUGUAUUAGUAUUGUUAGUGAGGAUGCACUGCAAUUUAUCUAAUAGCACAUUUAUCGUUUAUUGUAUAUCAUUGUGGAUAUGAAACUAUAUUGCAAUUAAACCAUAGGAUGAUGGA